CAGAUAAACCCAGGCAGUCUGAGACUGGAGCUGAGGCAUUUGAGACUCCUCUGUCACUUUGGGGCUGUGAGCAGAAUCCUGUGCCGCUCCUUCUCACAGGGAGCAAGAGCCCUUCUCUGAAAUCCUCCCAUGAUGCUGGGGCUGCUGCUGCUGCAGGUGUUGGCCAGCUGCCUCUGGCUGGGACACGGUGAGGUGGUGACAUCCUUCACAAGCUGUCCUCAGUUCUUCUAUGCUGGGACCACCCCAAAUGAUGUCCUGAAUCCAAAGAACCCAGCCUGGAUCUGUCAGCGCUACAUGAACUCAUAUCACUAUGCCACCCUGUAUGACAGAGACAGGAGAAUUCCAGUGUACUCAGCCUACAAAUACAAGCCUGGAGAUGCCAAGAAACCUCACUCGUGGUGGUUUGUUGAGCCCCAGCUCAUAGAUAAAAGUAGUCUGAAAGAGAUGGAAAGAGAGUCGGUCCUCAUAAAGCAACAAAAAUUCACUUUAGAACAAAUCAAAGAGAGCCAGGCUGUCCUUGAUGACUACAAAGACCUGAAGGAUUUGGACCGUGGCCAUUUGAGCCCCAGUGGCCAUCAGGAUAGUAGAGAAAGCAAGACAGCUACCUUCACCCUCACCAACAUAGUGCCCCAGGACAGCAGUCUCAACAAUGGCCAGUGGAACGCCUACGAAGUUAAAACAAUGAACAAAAAGACCAAGUGCUGUACAACCACCUACGUUGUCACGGGUGCUGUGCCUGGGAACACCUACGUCUCCAAAGGCAGGGUUAACAGACCCAGCCACAUCUGGUCAGCUGCCUGCUGUCUGGGGGACACAGGGCCCAAGGAUGCUUGGGGGGCCAUUGCUGAGAACGACAAGAAUGAGGUGGAGGUCCUCAGCCUGGGGGAGCUGGAGAAGAGGUUGACCAAUCUCUAUGGGGGAAUGGUUACUCUGUUCAACAAUGCCUGUCCCCGGGAACAAAGCUCACAUCCUUAUUAGAAGAGGCUUGGUGGCAUUUCCACAUGUCCUAGAAUCACAGAAUCACAGAAUGAGUUGGUCUUGAUGAGACCUUAGAAAUCACCUCAUUCUGACCUGCCUGCCAUGGUAAAGGACACCUCCCGCUACACCAGGUUGUUCCAAGCCCUCCCCAGCCUGGCCUUGAACGCUUCCAGAGAUGGAGCAGUCAAAACAGCUCUGGGUAACUUUUACUCAUACCACAGCCUGCUCAGGGUAAUUUACUUGGUUAUAAUAUCCCAUCUAGCCCUGCCCUCCAUCAGUGUGAAACCAUUCCCACUUCUCCUGUCACUCCAUACCCUUGUCCA